CACUCUCACACACACUCUCUCUCCCUCUCCUGGCCGUGUAAGCCGCUCUCUGUCUGUAGGCUUGUCAUUCGCCGGAUCCUCCUAAGCCGCUGUAGGCUUCCCCGCUGCUGGCUGCGCGCGGCUCUCCCGGUCGGGUCAUACCGACGCCGAGCACCGGCGGGACUGGACCGUCUUAUUUUCCCCCUCCUCUGCUCACAACAAGUUUGGCAGCUGCAACGGGCAAAAAAAAAAAAAAAAAAGCACGUCACAGCGGGAGAAAUGCACGCGCACAUAUAAAUAAGAAAACAACCAAAUAACGGGAGCUGGAGAGGCUGAGCGCCGCUGCGCCGGCGGAAGCGGAUCCCUGCAGGCGAGACACGGCUGGGCUGAACUUGGCGGAGACGCGACGAUGAUCUGUGCGCUCUCUCUCUGCUCUGAUAACAUCCUCGUAGUCUCCUAGUUUGUCUGCUGUUUGUCCUCAAACCGAACUGUGCUUUCAUUGUAUGUUUUAAAAACCCCACAGCACCGCUGUCGUUCAGGGAUUUGCGGUGUUUGUGGGACCGGAGCUUACCGGCAGCCUGCUGCCCUCACCCCACGGUACUGCGUAAUGUCCGUCCCCGUAGCAUUAAUAGAUUAACGUCGCUGUGGGGUUGUGGGUGAGGGCUUCACCGGCGGGCUGUCCCCCCGCAGAGCGCAGUAGCUACCGGCAGAGAUGGACGGACACAUUGCGCCGUGCGUCACUCCAAACUCGGCGGGAUAUGAAACUAUUUACCAUUCGCUCAUCAUUUAAAACAACUUCAGCCUGUUCGGCAUCGACACCUGAAGAGUGAUUGUUUUUUUUUUUCUCUCUCUCUCUCACUCCCAUCAUCCAGAACAGCUGAAGGAAACUUUUCCUCUCCGGUCCUCUGUCUCUCUGUCUCUCUGCGGUGACACCUCCGUAGGAUUUCCAUGAAGCGACGCAUCGGGUGAUUUCUCGGGGAUUUUGCUCUUCGUACACCGGGACAUCAUGUGGACGCCGACGGAGGACGAGAAAAUAGGAGUGGUGAUUUGCAACUUCCGGGGCUCAGUGACUCAGGGUUUGGCUCUGGAGGUGGGAGAGACCGUUCAGAUUCUGGAAAAAUGUGAAGGAUGGUACAGAGGAUUCUCAAUGAGGAAGCCAAAUGUCAAGGGAGUUUUCCCAGCCAGCUACAUUCACUUGAAGAAAUCCAUCGUCACCAACCGAGGGCCACACGAGACUGUGGUGCCUCUCGAAGACCCCAUUGUUACUGAGGUGACGUCAACACUACAGGAAUGGGCCUUACUGUGGAAGCAGCUCUAUGUGAAACACAAAGUGGAUCUGUUCUACAAGGUUCGCCACGUGAUGAUGGAGCUGAUCGACCUGAGGAGGCAGCUCUUGUCCGGUCACCUGACGCAGGACCAGAGCCGAGACGUCAAGCGACACAUCACCGUCAGGCUGGACUGGGGCAACGAACACCUGGGUCUGGACCUGGUGCCAAGAAAGGAGUUUGAGAUGGUGGAUGAAGACCAGAUAAGCGUGUCAGAUCUUUAUAAGAUGCAUCUGUCCAGCAGACACAGUGUACAACAGAGUACCACACAGGGUGACGGUACCCGGCAGCGACACGGGGAGCCGUGCCGAGUUCCAGUACCACACCACCUACUGGUCAACCUGAAGAGCUUCACCUACAACAGCAUAGGAGAAGACACUGACAUAUUCUUCUCUCUGUAUGACCUGAGAGAGGGAAAGACUAUCAGUGAGAAGUUCAUGGUAAGACUGAACAAGAACGGAGGACCGAAGAAUCCAGAGAAGGUGGACAGGCUGUGUGCCCUCUUCACGGACCUGAGCAACAAAGACAUGAAGAGAGAUCUCUACAUCAUCUCCCAGGUCAUCAGAACAGGUCGUAUGCUGCUGAAUGACAGUAAGAAGGGCCCGCCGCAUGUUCAGUACCGCCGACCGUACGGCUGCGCUGUCCUGGCCAUGAGCGACGUGCUGCAGACCAUCUCCGAACUCAAAGAGGAGAAAGACUUUGUCCUGAAAGUCUACACGUGUAACAAUGAGAACGAAUGGUACCAGAUCCACGAGAACAUCAUCCGCAAGUCCAGCACCAAAUACACAGCUCCCAGCACCAACUACGGUCUGAUCAUCUCUCUGCAGCUGCUGAGGGGCGACAUGGAGCAGGUCCGCAGAGAGAACCCACUCAUUUUCAGCAGGGGGGUGGCGAUCACACGCAAACUGGGCUUCCCUGAUGUCAUCAUGCCAGGUGACAUCCGUAACGACCUGUACUUGACCCUGGAGCGAAGCGACUUUGAGAGAGGAGGGAAGAGCGUUCAGAAGAACAUUGAAGUCACUGUCUAUGUGCUCUACGCCGACGGAGAGAUCCUCAAGGACUGCAUCAGUCUGGGUUCAGGUGAGCCCAACGUGCCAGAGCACCGCUCCUUCGUGCUCUACCAUAACAACAGCCCUCGAUGGAGUGAAGUGAUUAAACUGCCGAUUCCUAUCGACCGUUUCAGAGGGUCCCACCUACGCUUCGAGUUCAGACACUGCUCCACAAAGGACAAAGGAGAGAAGAAGCUGUUUGGUUUUGCCUUCACUCCUCUGAUGAGGGAGGAUGGAACCACUCUUUCAGACGAGAGCCAUGAACUCUACGUUUACAAGUGUGAUGAGAACACGACCUUCAGUAACCACGCCCUCUACCUGGGCCUGCCCUGCUGUAAAGAAGACUUCAACAGCUGUCCCAGCAUCCCCUCCAGCCUCAUCUUCCAGCGCAGCGCCAAGGAGACGUUCUGGAUCUCCACACAGCUCUCCUCCACAAAGCUCACUCAGAACGUGGACCUCCUGGCCCUCCUUAAGUGGAAGGCCCACCCGGACCGGGUCAUGGACAUUCUCGGCCGGCUGCGACACGUCAGUGGAGAGGAGAUAGUGAAGUUUCUCCAAGACAUUCUGGACACCUUAUUCUCCAUCUUGGAUGACAACACUGACAAAUAUGGUCCACUGGUGUUCCAGUCAUUGGUGUUUAUUAUAAACCUUCUCAGGGACAGUAAAUAUUACCACUUCAGGCCGGUGAUGGACACAUAUAUCCAGAAGCACUUUGCUGGCGCGUUGGCUUACAAGGAGCUGAUCCGCUGUCUGAAGUGGUACAUGGACCGCUCUGCAGAGGUGGUCAGACAGGACCACAUACAGGAAGCAAUGAGGGCCCUGGAGUAUCUGUUUAAGUUUAUCGUCCAGUCUCGGAUCCUUUACUCUCGGGCCACUUGCGGUAUGGAGGAGGAGCAGUUUCGCACCAGCAUUCAGGAACUCUUUCAGUCCAUCCGCUUCGUCCUCAGUCUGGACAGCCGCAACUCAGAGACCCUCAUCUUCACACAGGGCUCUCAGCCUUGUCCUGGCCCAAAUCAAGCCCCAGGCCCCGGCGUUGGGCCUACCACUUCCUUAGCACUAGCCCCUGCCCCGGGCCAAGCCCAGCCGCCUGCCCCAGGACAGGUUCCUGGCAGCGGGCAAGCCAACUGCACUCAGGCCUGGAGCUCCAACGCUCUGCGGCCGUCUCCACUGUCAGCCGCUCUGUUGAACUCGUUCCCGGCGAUCUUUGAUGAGCUGCUGCAGAUGUUCACGGUGCAAGAAGUGGCAGAGUUUGUGCGCGGCACUCUGGGCAGCAUGCCAUCCACGGUGCACAUAGGACAGUCCAUGGAUGUGGUCAAACUGCAGUCCAUAGCCCGGACAGUGGACAGCAGGCUCUUCUCUUUCCCAGAGUCUCGAAGGAUCCUGCUUCCUGUGGUCCUGCAUCACAUCCAUCUCCAUCUGCGGCAGCAGAAGGAGCUGCUCAUCUGCUCUGGAAUACUCAGCUCUAUAUUCUCUAUUAUCAAGACCAGCUCACUGGACACGUCAGUGCAGGAGGAGGUGGAGAUGAUGGUAGAGUCCCUAUUGGACGUCCUCCUGCAAACCCUGCUGUCAAUCAUGAGCAAGAGCCAAUCGCAGGAGGCGGUAAGGGGUCAACGCUGUCCGCAGUGCACCGCGGAGAUCACUGGAGAGUAUGUGUCCUGCCUCCUGUCCCUCCUCCGCCAGAUGACAGAUAUCCACUUCCAACACCUGAUGGAAAACUUUCAGAGCAAAGAGGAGCUCAAGGAGUUCUUGUUGAAGAUUUUGUGUGUGUUUAGAAAUCUGAUGAAGCUCAGUAUUUUCCCCCGCGACUGGAACAUCAUGAGACUCCUUACCAGCAACAUCAUCCUGACCACAGCUCAGUACCUGUCUCCUGCUCUGCACAAGAACUUCACAGAAGCCGACUUUGACUUUAAGGUGUGGAACUCCUACUUCAGCCUGGCGGUGCUGUACAUCAACCAGCCCAGUUUACAGUUGGAAAACCUGAGUCCUGCUAAGAGGAAGAAGGUCUUAGACAAGUACGGUGACAUGAGAGUGAUGAUGACCUACGAACUGUUCAGUAUGUGGCAGAACCUUGGUGAGAAUAAGAUCCACUUCAUCCCCGGUAUGAUCGGCCCGUUCCUGGGAGUGACGCUGGUUCCUCAGGUGGAGGUACGAAACAUCAUGAUCCCCAUCUUCCACGACAUGAUGGACUGGGAGCAGCGCAAGAACGGAAACUUCAAACAGGUGGAGGCUGAGCUGAUUGACAAGCUGGACAGUUUGGUUUCUGAGGGGAAAGGUGAUGAGAACUACAGAGAACUCUUCGGUUUGCUAACCCAGCUGUUUGGGCCCUACCCCAGUCUGUUAGAGAAGAUCGAGCAGGAGACGUGGAGAGAGACGGGGAUCUCCUUUGUUACCUCGGUCACGCGGCUGAUGGAACGACUGCUGGACUACCGGGACUGCAUGAAGGGAGAUGAGACAGAGAACAAAAAGAUUGGCUGCACUGUUAACCUCCUGAAUUUCUACAAGUCGGAGAUCAACAAGGAGGAGAUGUACAUCCGCUACAUCCACAAACUGUGUGACAUGCAUCUCCAGGCUGAGAACUACACUGAGGCUGCGUUCACGCUGCUGUUAUACUGGGAGCUGCUGCACUGGGACGAGCGGCCUCUGAAAGAGUUCCUGCAUUAUCCGGCUCAGACAGAGUGGCAUCGCAAGGAGGGGCUCUGCCGCAAAGUCAUCCACUACUUCAACAAGGGAAAGUGUUGGGAGUUUGGUAUUCCUCUGUGCAGGGAGCUGGCCUUCCAGUAUGAAUCUCUGUAUGACUACCAGAGUCUCAGCUGGAUACGGAAAAUGGAGGCAGCGUAUUAUGACAACAUUAUGGAGCAGCAGCGUCUGGAGCCGGAGUUCUUCAGGAUUGGAUUCUACGGCAGGAAGUUCCCCUUCUUCCUCAGAAACAAAGAGUUUGUCUGCCGCGGCCAUGACUAUGAAAGGCUAGAGGCCUUCCAGCAAAGGAUGCUGGGAGAAUUCCCACAGGCCAUUGCGAUGCAGCACCCCAAUCAGCCAGAUGAGGCCAUUCUGCAGUGUGAUGCACAGUACCUCCAGAUCUACGCGGUAACGCCGGUACCGGACAGCGUCAGCGUCCUCCAGAUGGACAGAGUCCCUGAUCGCAUCAAGAGCUUCUACCGGGUCAACAACGUUCGCCGUUUCCGUUACGACCGACCCUUCCACAAGGGACCCAAAGACCGAGACAAUGAGUUCAAGAGUCUUUGGAUAGAGAGGACGACCCUGAUCCUCACCCACCCUCUGCCUGGUAUCUCGCGCUGGUUUGAGGUGGAGAAGAGAGAGCUGGUGGAGGUGAGUCCGUUAGAAAACGCCAUCUCCGUGGUGGAGAAUAAGAACCAGGAGCUGCGGACUCUGAUCAGCCAGUACCAGCACAAGCAGCUGCACGGCAACAUCAACCUGCUCAGCAUGACACUGAACGGAGUCAUCGACGCGGCUGUUAACGGAGGCAUCGCCAGAUACCAAGAGGCUUUCUUUGAUAAGGAGUACAUCACCAGCCACCCUGAAGACACAGAGAAGAUCACACAGCUCAAAGACCUGAUGCAGGAGCAGGUUCACGUCCUAGGAGUCGGCCUGGCCGUGCACGAGAAGCUGGUGCACCCAGAAAUGCGUCCCCUGCACAAGAAGCUCAUAGAUCAGUUCCAGAUGAUGAGGAGCAGCCUCUGCCAUGGUCUUCCUGGUUUAGACAAGGCUGGUUCAGGAGCCAACACGCCCAGAGGGAUCCUGGCCUCUCACAGCCCCAUGAGCCCCGAGAGCUUCAAACUCUUGCACCGGCACAGUCCCAUAGCUGUUUUGACUCCAGUGCGCAACUCCUCCUCCUCUCUCUCCUCUCACAACUCCAGUGAGACUGGGAACGUUGGCAGUCUGCUGAUCCUGGCUGAUGGCGUGGUGGUGGAGCACCCCGAGGACUUCUACCGCAUGCAGGCAAGCCCCUCCUCCUCCAGCCUUAGCUCCACCCACUCUGCACCCUCCCAAAUGAUAAACUCCGCCCCCUCGACCAUCAGAGUCGGCUCUCCUUCUCUGCCAGACAAAUACAGACACAACAGAGAGAUGCUGAUGCUGCUGCCGCCACACAGAGAGAGGCCGAGCAGUGCGAUGUACACCAACAUCACCGAGAACGGACAGCCGAACUUCCAGCGCGCGUUGUUCCAUCAGGUGAUUGGUCCAUGUAAACCCUGCAGUGACCCCAACCUCUCUGUAGCGGAGAAAGUCCUCACCACUCCCAGUAGUUGGAGUUUGGACAGUGGUACCAGAGAAGCCCUCCCCUUCCUCUCUGCCCAUGUUGGCAGUGUCAUGGCGCCUCCUGUCCCCCCACGCAACCUGCCUCAUGUCAGAAAAGUUCCUGUUGGUGUCUACUUUGGGCAACACCUGUCGAUGCACUUUGACGCUUUCCACCACCAGGUCAGCGACCUCCCUCCAGCUCUCCCUGCGCGCUCCUUAAGAAAGUCUCCCCUGCACCCUAUACCUGCCUCGCCCACCAGUCCACAGUCCAUCCUGGAUGGCAGUAACUCCACCUUGUCGGGCAGCGCCAGCUCUGGAGUCUCCUCCCUCAGUGAGAGCAACUUCGGCGGCCCAGCCUCCUCCUCCGACCCCCCAGCCAGUCGCACAGACACCCUGGAGUCUGUCCCCAGCAGCCAGGCCUGGACCACCGACCAGGAAGACCUGGACUCGCCUUACCAGCCUGUCAGGUACAGCGUCUCCGAGCCUGAAGUCCUGGACGGAGUCAAACCCCCGCCCUGCCGCAGCCACUCCGCCCCGGGAGGCGUCACCCCGGCCCAGGCGGUGGGCCAAAUCCAGCCCCAGGCUCCAGGCCCGGCCUCCACUGCAGCUCCACAACAACCUCAGCAGCAGGAUGGGCUGCCACACCCCCAACACCACUACUACCACCACUUCCACCCACACUACAUCCCCCACCACCCGCCUCUUUACCACCUCCACGAGCCUCCUCCAGCCCUGCCCCCCAAACCCUACCUCAGAGAGGGGUGUAUCCCUGAAGAAGACCCCCUGAGCGCCCAGUCUGCACCGCCUCCUCCUGCACCCCGGCCCAUGCCACGCAAGAUCUCCCAGCCCAUUAUCGCAGCAACCAAGGAUGAGCAAGCUAAAGUGGCCUGGGAGCACGGCAUCAGUGAGUGAUGACGAUGAAACAUGAAGGAUUGAAAUGAACAGAAUAUAAACUCUUUUCAGAAGAGAGAAAGAAGAGCCGAACUAAACCUGAGUGUUAAAGUGAUGUUGAGAGAAACUGUCAGAUUCCUCACAGUUGUCCUGCUCCAAUAACCAACUAAUCACUUAAGGUAAAAGCUGGAAGGAUGAAGGUUAAAUGGUCUGCUCUCUCACUCCCCACCCUCAGCAAGCCAGCUCCGUGUCCUCGGCUUUCCACAUCCUUUAACUUCAUGUCAUUACACCCUUGUAUGAGCACAUCAAGCUUGAUUUGUUUGCUUAAAUCAAGAAAUACUAUUUAACCAUCUUUUUCACUAAAUCCAUCAUGAUAAUAUCCAAAAGUCCAUAUUUCUAAAUUCAGUCGCACCUGUACUGAAAUCGCACAGAUACGUAUUUAUCUCGUGUUAGUUAUUGAUUUUGUUUCCACUGAUAACAUGAAUCCAACAUUAUCAUUCAGAAGGUUCAACAUUUUAAGUAAAAAGAUCACAAAGGGAUUAUACCCUGUUGUUACCUCGCUCUGAAGAUGUCUAGACGAGCGGCACUUUAACAAAGCAACAGAGCUCCAAAACAUAUAAGAAUUAUAAUCUUCACAUAUUUUUUAUAAAAGCAGAACUGUCGAUGGGGUGACGAUUAUUAGGGGUUGUGCUGCGGUUUGGGAUUAUUUAGAUACUUAAGGAUAAAGUGAUGAUCUCACUGAAAACAAGACGAAAACAAAGAAAUUGUAGUAAUGAAGACAUAAAACUUCAGUUAGUUCUUCCACCUGCGUCCCGAACAACAACCAAUCAAACGACAUAUUGAGAUCCUCCCCCUUCGUGUUAUUCGUCAGAUAAACUGCUGGAAUAACAACAAACGAGUAUUUAUAUUUUCCAACACAAAAAUCAAAGUAUAUAGAUAAAUGUAAUACAGUAUAUAGAAGUAUAUCAAUAUAAUUUAUAUUUAAUCCUUAUACUUAUACUUGAUUGAAGGUGAAACCUAUGUAGAAAUAUGCAAGAUAAAUGGCUUCCUGAGCCAUUAGUAGCUGCUUGAUGAUACAGGAUGUGAGUCGCCUCGCACACAAACACUCGCAGGCUUUGAUGUUGCAACUCCUGAAAAUGUCGCAUCCCACAAUUUCAGGAGUCAAGAAUUCAUUUUAUUUAAGCUUUUGAUGUUAAAAAAGGGGUUUUAACCUGUGAGGGAUUGAAGGGAAGAACCUGUAAAUGUGCGAGAGGCAUCAGAUGGAUGACAUUUAUAGAGAAUAUUAACUAUAAUAAAUAUACACUUUUUGCCAUUUUUUAUGAAAGUUAUGAACUGUAAUGUAAUGUAAAAUUUUUUUAAUGAGGAAACUGUUUUGUAUGCAUGUUCAUUCAUUGAAAGUUACAGCUUAAACAGACCACAGAGGAAAAUUACUGGAAGCACUUCAGCACUGAUGUCUUUAUAGUUUAGGAAGCAGAACCACUUGAAUCACCAAGGAUGUUAAAGACUUCAUCUUGGUGAUACUGGUGUAAAAGUACUGUGAAGGAUAAUGCUUUUGUAUUUUGUUUUAUUUUAAAAAUGUUAAACUUUUUAUUUUUAGCCACCAGCUCAGAUUAUGUACAUAGUGUGAUCCUGUAAUCUGCCUAAUCCCUCCUCUCCUUUUUGGUUGAAAUGAACAGGACCGAACAGCUGUCGGCUCGCCUGGUUUAGCUUCUUAACUGCCGCGUUUAAAAUGCUCAGUGUUUUCUGCCUGAUGCUGGAUCAUUUUCUCAGUAUAACCAGAGAAGUACAUGGUGAACUGUAGCCUUUGUAAGAACAGCAUAUUUAUGUGCACAUAACCUGAAUCAGAUUAAAGUCUCAAAGGGCCUCUUAAAGGAACAGGAAAGUCCUGAAUAUGUAACGUGAAAGAUGAUAAGGCUGGCUGUUUUGUUUUUUUUCUGCACUGUAUUUUAUUUUGACACAUACACAUCCUGGCUCCAUAAAUACACCAGGUGUGUAUUCAUUCACUGCUGAAAAUAGUCCCCAAGAAAUACACUAUUUCCUCCCAUUUGCUAAAAACCACAGUGACCAGAGGCUUUUUUUUAAAUUGAACUUAUAUUUGUGAACUAUUUUUUUCAACAAUAUAGAGUAACGCCAGCCUUAUCCUUAAUUCUGUUUGUGGUUUUGCCAUCAGCUCCUAGAAAUGUCCUCAACAGCAGUUAAUAAUAACCAAAUUUGUGUUUUAUUUUACUGAAAUAUUACCUGUAUUUCCAGUUGUUUUAAACAGCUGUGAAAUGUUCAGU